AUGGAUUCAAACAUUGUCACUCUUAUUGAGCAAUCCAAUAAAUACAAUAGCUCUAAAACGAAUUUCUUCAAAACCAAGUUGUUUGUGAGCAACAAUCACUCUCCAAAUAGGGAAUAUUCAAAACAUGUGGCAUAAACAGAAACUGUUUAAUACAAUAGAUAUUUAUCAAAGGAAGUUCAUUCUGGAAGAAAUUCAAAAAAGAUAUCCUUCAACACUUACUUGUUGAACCUAGCGAAGUAAAAUAUCGAUGCGUUUCCAAAAAUAAAAUGUGAUUUUGCAAAUAUUUAAAUGGUCGAUCUUCAAGAUAAUAGGUUCAGGUUGUUUCCAAAAGAAUUAUAUCAAAUGAAAAAAGUCUAAAUCAUCAAUCUAAAUUCAAAUUUCAUUAAGGUACUUCCUGAGGAAUUGUUCGACAACUUCCCCUCUAUCCUCAAUUUCUCAAUUAGCAAUAAUUUAGUAGUGAUGCUUCCAAGAAAGAUCUCUCGUUGGUAAUCACAUCUAGAGAUAUUAGAAUUGAGUAAAAACAGACUUUAAAAACUUUACCCAUUAAUAUCCCUAAUAAAUUUAAGAUCUCUCUUUAUUCAAUCAAAUGAGUUCUAAUACAUUCCAAUCGAAUUCAAAAAUUUGAAGAAAUUAAAUGAAUUAGGUUUGGAUUGGUUCAAAUACCUAAAUCCUCCGAUAGACCCCAUUGUGAAUAGACCAUACAUAGAAAAACUAUUUUUGUCACUUGAGGAAAAGCAACUCAAAGACGUCGAGGAUCCCUCUUAAAUUAAUUUUAGUGAUGAAGAGUAUAGCUCCUCUAUUGGAAUGAAUUUUCAAGACUUUCUAGUUUAAUUUUCAAAUCUUUAGUUAAACAUCCUCCCGAACCCUUAAGGAGGAGACAAAGAGUAUUCAACUACAAUCUUACAUAAGGCAGCAGUUGAGUAAGAUAUAGGAGCUUUGAUAUCUCUGAUAUCUUAUUAUCCUGAAAUUGUAGAUUGCUAAGAUUAAAGACAGAACACAGCAUUAGGAUUGGCAAUCUAAGAAGAAAAGUAUUUUAGUGCUAAAGCAUUGAUAUUCAAUGGGGCAUCUGUAAACACCAAUGCAGCAAAAUAUGGGUCAAUUUUGAAUCUGGCAAUUGUGAAAGGUCAAAUUCACUUGAUUCUUGAUAUUCUCACUUAGGGUGCAGAUCCAAAUCAAAUUGAUGAAAAAGGGAAUACAGCCUUACAUUAUUGCAUGGCAUGUUUUGAUAAAGAUGCUUCAAUUUACAUGUAGGCUUUUGUGGCUUUACUGAAAAAGAACAUCAAUCCAAAUGCUCUUAAUAAUGAUGGGUGGAGUCCAUUGCAUAUAGCUGUUAAAAGGGGUAACACAGAUGCUAUUUCAGCAGUCAUCCAACACAACAAUAAGAAAUAAUCAAGGUUUGAUUUAAAUCUUAAAGGUGGAAAGAAACGUCAAACUCCUUUGCAUCUUGCUUGUUCUAAUUGUCAUUUCGAAAUAGUUGCUUCACUUUUACAACAGUCUGAAGUCAAAUUGUUCAGUAGAAACAAACUUAAUCAAAUUGCAUCCUAAUGUUGUUUGCACAAUUAUAGGAUCUAUAAGUUAAUCAAGAGGUACGAGUAUGAGCAAUUGUACCGAUUGUAAAAAAACUGGUAAUUUCAGGAUCAGGACGAAUAUUCAGUAAAAGACAAUGAUUCCUAUACGGAUUUGGAUGAGAGUAUUCAACUGUUUGAUGGAUUACAACUAAAAUAAAUUAAGAUUAAUAGAUCAGUGCUGGGUUGUCGAGAAAGAGCAACUGGGUGCAAAUUCAGAUUCUCUAGUCAACCACCUUAAAAAUGA